UCCGGCGCGUGGGCCGUCGUGGGCCUUUCGCACGUGUGCCGCGCUGCGGCGUCCGCGACGGGUAUCUGUGACGGGCGUCUGCGGGCUGAGCCGGCGGCCAUGGACUACCGGCGCGUGCUGAUGAGCCGCGUGGUGCCCGGGCAGUUCGACGACGCGGACUUGGCUGACAGCGAAAGCCUCGGCGUGACGGCCCCCACAGAGGGAGACUGUGCUCUGCUGGACGCCCUGCUGAGUGACCUGGUUGCGCCGGCCAGCGAGGCUGAGGGGGACAGGAACGGGGAGGAAGAGGAGGAGUAUGAGGACGAGGACGAGGAGGAGGAGGACGAGGACGAUGACUGGGACUGGGACGAUGGAGUUGGAAGGCUGACCAGACUUUACACGCCAGGCGGGGGCGGUCACCCACAGGCGAAUCGCCAGGGCCCGAGCCGCAGCUUGUCCCGAAUGUCCACUCCGGCAGACAAGGUCUUACGGAAGUUUGAGAAUAAGAUCAACCUGGAUAAGCUGAAUGUCACUGAUUCCGUCAUGAAUAGAGUCACCGAAAAGUCCAGGCAAAAGGAAGCAGACAUGUACCGCAUCAAGGACAAGGCGGACAGGGCGACUGUGGAGCAGGUGCUGGACCCCAGGACGCGGAUGAUCCUGUUCAAGAUGCUGAGCAGGGGUGUCAUCGCUGCGAUCAACGGCUGCAUCAGCACGGGCAAGGAGGCCAACGUGUACCACGCCAGCACGGCUGGCGGCCAGAGCAGGGCCAUCAAGAUCUACAAGACGUCCAUCCUGGUGUUCAGAGACCGGGACAGAUAUGUCAGUGGGGAGUUCCGCUUCCGCCAUGGCUACUGCAAGGGCAACCCCAGGAAGAUGGUGAGGACCUGGGCGGAGAAGGAGAUGAGGAACCUCGUCAGGCUGAGCGCAGCGGGGAUCCCCUGCCCGGAGCCCCUCCUACUGCGGAGCCAUGUCCUCGUCAUGGGCUUCAUCGGGAAGGACGAUGUGCCUGCGCCGCUGCUCAAGAACGCGCACCUCUCCGAGUCCAAGGCGCGCGAGCUGUACCUGCAGGUGGUGGAGAACGUGAGGAGGAUCUACCAGGACGCGCGGCUGGUGCACGCGGACCUCAGCGAGUUCAACAUGCUGUACCACGGCGGAGGCGUGUACAUCAUCGACGUGUCGCAGUCCGUGGAGCACGACCACCCCCACGCCCUGGAGUUCCUGCGGAAGGACUGCGCCAACGUCAACGGUUUCUUCCGGAAGCACGGCGUGGCCGUGAUGACCGUGCGGGAGCUCUUUGAGUUUGUCACCGACCCGUCCAUCACCCCGGAGCACGUGGAUGCCUACCUCGGGGAGGCCAUGGCGAUAGCAGCCCAGAGGAGCGAGGCGGAGCGGUCCAGCCAGGACCAGGUGGACGAGGAGGUAUUCAAGCGUGCCUACAUCCCUCGGACCCUGACUGAGGUCACGCGCUACGAGCGGGACCUGGACGUGAUGCAGAGGCUGAAGGAGGACGACGUGGCCGUGAGCGCCCAGCAGGACAGUAUUCUCUACCAGACGGUCACCGGGCUGAAGAAGGACCUGUCCGGCGUCCAGGAGGUGCCGGCGCUCCUGGAGGGGCGUGUCGUGCCGCAGCCCGCCUCCGAGUCGGAGGACGCCAGCAGCGCCGGGACCUCCGACAGCGAUGUCGCAGGGCAGGAGCAGCCCGCGGGCCCCACGCUGGACAGGAAGGAGAGGAAGAAGAUGGCCAAGGAAGCCCAGAGGGAGCGGAGGAAGAGCAAGGUCCCCAAACACGUGAAGAGAAGGAGGGAGAAGACCGCCAAGGCCAGAAGGGGCAAAUAGCGCCCACCCUGCCGCUUCCUGCUGGCCGCAGCCGCUCGCAGUGGAAACGUCUCUUGACGCGCGCUGCGCCUGCACGUCGGGGGGCGGCCAGAGACUGGACACACGCUGGGCCUCCUGCAGCCGGCCGGGCGCGUGCGUGGGGCGUGCCUGGCCGUUGCGGCGGCCGACAGGUGCCCACAGCGACCCUCGGCCCGCACGGGGGCGACCGGCCCGCGGGCAUGGAUGCCCCAGACGAGCUUCAGGCCGCAGCUGCGGGCCGGAGGCGAGCAGGUGAGGGUGGGCCUGCAGGGGCCGGACACUGGAGGGACCCAGGAGGGUUGGGCAGGGGCGAGGUAAAGGCCGGGCCACGCGGGGUGUGUUUCCUGUCCCCCCGCCUCCCAGCAGGGCCGCCUGGCAAUAAACGCUCUUCA